GGAAGGUAGAUCGGGGUGCGGGGAAGCCAGGCAUCCAACCGUGCACUGGGCUGGACGUGGCAGUGUGACUGGACAGCAGGGGAUUUGAGCCAUGGGAGAUAGCCGACGGGGUGUGAUGAUGAUGGUGAUGAUAAUAUUCGUUAAGCACUUACUAUGUGCAAAGCACCGUUCUAAGCGUUGGGUGGCCAAGGUUGUGAGGUGGUGAAGGCCUCAGAAAGGUGCGUGGGAGAGCCAGGGGUAGGGGCAGACAGAAGGCCUUCUGUGGGCCUGGUAGGGGCUCAGCUGCCACGCAGGGAUUGCCCAGGGCCAAGGAUCUGGCUGUCGACCACCAAGGGUCCAGCAAAUGUGUGGAGAGACCGGCCUUGGGGGGGUCUGGGGACUCACGGUGGGGUCCAAUCUAGCACCCUUCGUGCCGUGUGUCAUCUGACCUUCCCAGCGGCUGGACGAUCAGCCGAGCCCUUGCCGCAAGAGAGAACCGUAACCACCUGCCCCACUGCAUGCCUCCAUGAUAGCUGGGGGGUUGGCGCCGACUCUUUUUGCAUGGCUCCCCUCCCAACACCUGGGAUUUCCGGAGUUUGCUCCCAAGGGGACAAGCUGGGCUGGGCCACGGCGUGGCGUGGCCGUCCGAGGGGCUGGGCAGCCAGGUAAGCCGGUGUAUGACCCGCCAGCCCCCCGGAGUCCAUAGCCGAGGAGCCCAUGGAGGGUGGCCGGGCAAACCGGGAGAUUCCCUCCACCACUGAGGCCUUCGUCCGGACCCUGGGAAACGCUAGUGGUGGCCCGGCCCUUCCCCCGGAGGUAGAGCCCGGGGCCCCGGUCUCUGGCCCACGAGGUGAAGAGUCUGAGGGAGCCGAGAAGCUCCGGAGGCUCAUGAAAGCUGGGAUAGAGGUGUUGCCGGCAGCUCGGCGUUUCUGCAGCCCCAAGCCCGCGGGCACAGAUCCAGACUCCACAGACACAGUGCUCCGUGGAGAGAGCCUGCUGCAGGGGGCUGGCCGUGGUGCCCACGUGGCUCCUGACCCAGAGAGAGAUGACUUCGCCAUCCGCAGGAUGUGUCGGGGGUCCAGAGGCAAUGGCCCGGUCAACUCCGGGCAGACCAGCUCGGAAGAGCCCCCACAGGGCCAGCUGGGGCCCCACAGUGGGAGACUCCUCAGGGGUCCAGCAGUGGGGGCCGCAGGCCCACGGGCACGGUCCCCGGAGCGGGAGCCGGAUGGCGCGGAGGCUGGGCCGGGCCCCGACCUGCAGAGAGAUGACAUGGCCCAGCGCAAGGGGCAGCAGCGGUGCCGGCGGCUUCCCUGGAGCUUCGUGCCGGCCACCGCGCAGAUCACCGCGGCCGACCAGGAGACGUGGGACAGGCUCCAGGUGUCCGCCGAGACCAGGUGUGGCACAUGCCAUCCCCGCCCCUGGGCCGGGGUCGGGGAGGCCUGGGCAAGAGUUUUAACUCUCGAAGAUGGACGAGCAGGGAAGGCAGGGUGGUCCAGUGGAGGGAGCAUGGGAUGGGGAGGAAGCAGGGGACCCAGGUUCUAACCCCAUUACUCCUGCCACCAGGAUUCUUUGGGGCCUCAGCUAAGUCCCUUAACCUCUCUGGAUCUCA